ACUCACCUUUACAUAACAAAUGUUUACUUUUCAUAUUAAAGGAAAAUAGCGCGAUUUUUAUAACUGUAAAAGUUAUAUAGAAGAGCCAUGGCUGAGCUUCAUGUAAUUGGAGAACUAGACGGGGCAAGCGGAUUUCCAACGCACAGUUUAUAUUGCAAAUGGUCAGUCCAAGUUGAAGGAUCUUGGAAACUUCUUUCUGGGGUAUGUGAAGGUCAGACACAAGUUGAUAAUCCCGAAAAUGAGGAGUAUUCAGUUUGGUCUCAUCCUAUUGAUUUGCAUUUUGCUACAAAAGGCUUGAAAGGUUGGCCAAAAUUACAUUUUGAAGUUUGGCACCAAGACAACUUUGGCAGAAAUGAAGUUUAUGGCUAUGGCUUCUGCCAUGUUCCUACAUCUCCAGGUCAUCAUAAAAUGAAUUGUGUUACGUGGAAGCCUGUCGGAGAUUGGAAACAGCGUUUACGAUCCUACUUUGUAAGUGGUGGACCAAUACUACGUAACUCUGAUAUAAUUUACUCAGGAACAGAUAGAUAUAAGCUCACUACUGUUGCAAUGGGCACAGUACACUUAAAAUUAAGCAUUAUCCUUCGAAGUUUUGAUAAAUUUGGCAUUGAAUGUGGCUGAUGUCUUUUUUUAAUUUGAAAUUUGUUAAUACAUUGUUCAUUUCGUUUAGAAGUGAACAAAAAAUAUUUAGUUAUAUAAUUGUAAGAUAAUGCAUAACUUCUGAAAAAAGUAACUCAAAGUUUUUUAAAGCCAAUAUUUUAAAGUAUAUAUUUGAUAAAA